AUGACGGUACGCUCGCGGUGUGUCGAUCUCAAGUGUAACGAGAUGCUGCUCACGGGCGACUCGGAGGAUGUCCCCAAGAAAUACAACGCUCCGAUCCACCCCGCUGGAGCCGGCAAACCUGCCAAGUUGACAGCGAGUAACAUGGUCUUCUCGUCCACGACGAUCACCGCCGGCAACGCUCGUGGUAUUGUAGUGGAGACUGGUAUGAACACGCGGGUGGGCUCCAUUGCAGCUCUACUACAAGCCAAGAGCGGCACGGAUGCAUCAGCAGAGAAGAAGUGGAUCCGUAACCCUCUUGGUGACUGCAUCGCCAAGCACCGUCCGAAGCUCACGCCUCUGCAGCGAGCUCUACACCACACUGGGUACGUCAUGGGUCUCAUCGCGGUGGGUGUGGCCAUCCUCGUGUUUAUCGUCGGUAUGAUCCGCGGCAAUGAAGAUCCUCGUCACCCGGACAGACCCACGUACUUGACUAUGAUUAUGGCUGCUGUGUCUGUGGCCGUGAGUGCUGUUCCCGAGGGUCUACCGAUGGUCGUGACUAUCUGUCUGUCGUCCGUGAAGCUCUGGGGCGAUUUCCGCGAGUAUUUAAUCACUGGCAAGGGGUUCACACCUGAAGGCUCUAUCCUCGCUUCGGACGGUAGCAGUCAAGGCGAACCGGAGGCCGGCAAUGUGCAAGUUCGCGCGACUUUGAUGGCCUCGGUGCUGUGCAGUAACACGCAACUCAAGCAAGUGGAAGGGGACGACGGCGAGACUCCACGUUGGCUUCCGUUUGGCAACUCGUCCGAAGCGCCUUUGGUCGUUGCAGCCGCCAAGGCAGGCAUCUGGGAAGAUAGUCUGCUGGAAGACUACCCUCGGCUAGUGGAAGUACCGUUCAGCUCAUCACGUAAGAUGAUGGUCACAGUGAACGCCCUACCUGUGGUGAAUGGCAUGGCGAUGUUCGAUACGUUGGCGCUUCCAGGUGACCAGCCGCCCAAGCUGGUGGCGAACGUGAAGGGCGCACCGAACUACAUUUUACGCAACUGCACCCAGUACGGCCGGAAGGAUGGCACGUUCGAGACGUUGAACAACGUGCAGCGUCAGGAGAUUCUCGAGGCGGUGGACGCGCUAUCGUCGCAGGCGCUGCGUGUUCUUGCUGUGGCUAUCCAGCCGAUGCACGAAUUGCCGUUCGGGGAAGACUGCGACGAUGUGGACGAGAAGUUUGAAGCCUUGUCCAAGCCGUUGGUGUUCCUCGGACUGGUGGCGUCUAUCGACCCGGAACGUGACGGCGUGCGCGAUGCCAUUGCCACUGCACGAGCUGCUUCCAUCCGUACGGUGAUGAUCACUGGCGACUACCUCGCUACGGCUGUUGCUAUCGCCAAGAACAUUGAUUUGCUACAAGUGGGCGCGGACCCGGAGGCUCAAGCGACAGACUGCACGCAGCUUCGUCCGAAUGGAGACGUGUACUUGCCCCCCGCUGACAUCGACGAGAUCACGUCACGCACGUUGGUGUUCGCUCGUGCCAAGCCCGAAGACAAGAUCGAGAUCGUGAAAUCUCUUCAACGUCAAGGACUCAUCGCUGCUAUGACUGGAGAUGGUGUCAACGACGCACCAGCGUUGAAGGAGGCGGAUAUCGGUGUGGCCAUGGGGAUUUCAGGCACGGAAGUGGCCAAGGGAGCGUCCGACAUGAUCUUGAUGGACGACAACUUCUGCAGUAUCGUCACGGCUGUGGAGAAGGGCCGCGUCAUCUACGCCAACAUCCAGAAGUUUGUCAUGUUCUUGCUGUCCACGAACAUCGGAGAGAUCAUCCUGAUCUUCAUCUCGGUGGCUGGCGGGUUCCCGCUUCCUCUCGAGGCGCUGCACAUUCUGCUGCUCAACCUGUUCACGGACGGGCGACCCACACAUCAUGGCAGACAAACCACGUCACAAGCAGACUUCGCUGAUCCACGGUCGACUGUGGCUGCUCGUGCUCUUCAACGCGUUCCUGCUUCUCGCUGGAGCUAUGACCACGUUCCUCUUGGGACUGUACUGGAAUUCGGCGUGUUGCUGACGGACGACAUCUACAAUACUGGCGGCGGUCCAGAUGGGACGGACUUCACGGACGUGACGUGUCGUCGAUGGGAAGGCAUCGACGAUGGCUGGAAAGUGUACGGCAACUGUGCUGCUCAGUACUCGGACGGCUCGUACAUUUUCGGCGAGGAAGUGGCCGGUAUGACGUCGUUCAAGAACUCAACUGUUUACUGUGAAGGAGGCGACUACGACUGCGUCCCAGCGGGUCUGGGACGAGCUCAGACGAUGGUGUUCUUGGGUUUGGCCUUCACGGAGGUGCUGCGAGCUUACACGGUGCGUCACUUCACGGAGCCUGUGUUUGCACGGAUGUUGUCGAAUGGCUACAUGCAGUUGGCGGCGUGUAUGUCGGUGAUUUUGACGGUGCUCGUGAGCAACGUCCCUGUUAUCAUGGACGACAUCUUUGGAUUCGAGUACAUUCCGUGGUAUCAGUGGCUUGUGGUCGGAGCUGUUGCAGUCAACAACGCGUUCUGGGGUGAGAUUCUGAAGGCCUAUUUGCGACGGAAGGACCGGGCGCAGGCUCGCUGGGACCACAUGAAGAGCGGGUUCGAGGAGAUUUUGCUCGAGAUUCGGCAUGCGUCCUAG